UUGAGAGACCUCCCACAAAAUGAAUACAUAAAAAUUUGUACAGGUCAAGUUGUUAUCACAUUAUCGGGUGCUUGCAAGGAAUUAAUUGACAAUUCUUUGGAUGCCGGUGCAAAGACCAUAGAAGUACGACUCAAAAAAAUGGGAUUCGAGUCUAUAGAAGUGAUUGAUGAUGGUUAUGGCAUUCAUUCAAUUAAUUUCGAUUCAUUAUGCAAGCCACAUGCUACAUCGAAGCUUUCGAAUUUUUCCGAUUUUAAUCAACUAACAACAUUUGGAUUUCGUGGGGAAGCUUUAAGUUCAUUAUGUGCUGUUAGUUCUGUGACGAUUACAACACGACAUACAAAUGAAGUCAUGGCAACGAAACUUCAGUUUGAUCAUGAUGCAUCGAUCAAAUUGCAGGAGAAAUGUGCUAGACCUGUUAAUUUUUCUGAAUUAAGCACCGUUAUUAUAAACUUGUUUGAAACUCUACCAGUAAGAAGAAAAGAGUUCGAACGAUCAUUAAAAAAAGCUUUUGCCAAGCUCUUAAUUACUGUACAGUCAUUCUGUUUAUCUCAUACAGAUGUUAGAUUUGUGCUGAAUAGUUUAACAGAUGGGUACGUUUAUAACUCAUUGGUAACACCAGGCGGAAAUGCAUCAGUCAAGGAUGUUUUAGUCAACCUUUUUGGUCUUCGAUUUGAAAAAGACUCUGUUUUGGAUAUUAUACAGUACGCUAGUAUCCAAAAAAUUUAUUCCCUUAUUUGCUCUACAAAAAUCAAAAAUGUUAGUCAUGCAAUUGUUAUAUCUCUCUCAUCUAAUUUCUUCAUACAAAUUUUUGGAAGUCUGUUUAAGAUUAGCGGUUACGUAAGUUCUUGUGUACAUGGGCAAGGUCGAAGUACGGCUGAUCGACAAUUCAUUUAUUUUAACAAAAGACCAGUUGAUUACGCAAAACUGUGUCGAAUAGCAAAUGAAGUUUAUCAACUAUACAAUCGAGGACAAUAUUGUAUGCUUAUACUAUUUGUUGACGUCCCUGCUGAAACCAUGGAUGUAAACGUGGCACCCGACAAGCGUUCUGUGUUUUUCGUUCAUGAAAAGGAAUUAUUCGCUUUAUUACGUGCUUCGUUGAUUGCAACUUUUACUCCAUAUCUUGGGCUUAUUGGUACUUCAAGUUCAUCUCUUAGAACUGAAAGUUUGCUUCGUAUAGGUAGUUUAUUCGUUGAGGACUUUCAAUCAAUGCAAAUUGUGGGGCAGUUUAAUAAGGGUUUUAUCAUUGCACGUCUUCACAAUAAUCUUUUCAUUAUCGAUCAACAUGCUAGUGAUGAAAAAUAUAAUUUUGAGCGAUUUCAAAAAAAAGCACGUAUACAAACACAACACUUGAUAAGCCCCCGAAUUCUAGACCUUGGAGUGAUAAAAGAAGCAAUUUUGAGAGAUAAUAUUGAUAUCUUUAAAUACAAUGGUUUCGAAUUCCGAUUUGAUGAUGAUGUUGUUGGAAAGCGUGCUCUACUAACUGCAAUACCUGUUUUACACAGUUGGCAGUUCAGUAUAUCAGAUAUCGAUGAGAUGCUCUCUGUAUUAUGUGAUUUCCCCGGAAUAAUUUAUCGUCCAGUAAAGCUCCAAAAAAUAUUUGCUUCCCGGGCAUGUCGCAAAUCAGUUAUGAUUGGAAGUUCACUGACGUUCCCUCAAAUGGAAAAAGUCUGUUGCUUUUAUAAUUGCCCUCAUGGUCGACCAACGCUUCGACACCUUUGUGCUCUGAAAACAAAGAUAUCGAGAUCAAAUUUGAAGUCCUAA